AUGGCAAAUCCCCCUGUGUUCGUCCCGACGACGCCGAGCGGCAACGACAGCUACAUAUGCUAUCUCACCAGCGAUACUUGCCUUAUCCUGAACUCGGGAGUGGAUCCAAUAAAACUUUCCAAUCUUAAGUUGACCGUGGACAAUUGCUUCAUCUAUUCGGAAACCAUUGAAGUUGACACAGACGUCUUGGCCUUCCCGGGAAAUCACCUGGGCUUGUUUUGCACAUCAUUGAUCGGGCCCAAUACCUUCACCAUCGAUGUUUCUGGCUCCGAUGGCGCCCGCGUAGACCUCGCCCUCUCGGGCACGGGGUCUUUGGGGAACCCUGGGCGGCCAGGAGGGAAGGUGUGGAUAUAUGUCGAGCAGAUGACGGACGACUUGAUCUAUGGGCUCAAAAUUCGAGCACAUGGCGGCCAUGGAGGUGCUGGAGGAGACACCACUGAUCUCGCAGCCGGCGGUGGGCAGGGUGGAAAUGGAGGUGCUGGAGGGUCAGCAGAGAUAUACUACGGCAGUGUUUCCGGCACACUUUUGGCCGCUAUCAGAGCGGCUCAAGCCAUCUCAUGGCCUUCACAACUCACAGCAUGCCUGAAAGUCCUCGGGUCUUGUGUGCCUCCUGCAGUGUCGGAACGAUGGGUAUCUUCACAGAUGUUGUCGGAUGCGAAGACCACCCUUGGCAUGUAUCAAGAGAUCUCUGACGCAUUGACGGCAGUGACAGCGGCCCUGGGGCCCGUGGCCAAUCCUACUGGAGAUUUGUCUAUGCCACAGCCACUUCCCGCCACAUCUGACACAGCUGGCAAAUGCUUGCAAAUGAUAUCAAAGCUGGUCCAGAACCUUUCAGCACCUCCACUCCAAGCCAAAGACUCGAUGGGAUCUCUUGCCACUGAGGUCGUCAAUUCAAUCAAUGCCUGGUCUCAAGACGGCAGCGAAGACUCCGAGAGUCUCAUGGUCACUGCCAUUCGGAACUUGUCGCAGAACCUGUCGAACACAGGCAGCGGAGCGGACCUCUCCAACUUGUGGAAUGACCUUUUUGCAGCUAUCGAGGAUAUGGAAUUGUCGUGGCGGUCAAUGGCAUCGGUCUCGAUGGUCACUGCAUUUGGCGGCCGUCCGGGCAUUGGCGGCCGUGGCCCCCUGGCAAGCAGUCCAAUUGGUGCACAAGGGGCUCCAGGACCGAAAGGAACUACUUCCGCAAUACUUCUGGGUUUCGAUGGCCGACCUGAAGAUCUUGCGGUGUCACAAGUAUGUGCAUUUCCCGACCAGUGUCAGAUGUUGCUUGACGCUGCUGAUCGCUUGUUCUUCACGAACAAUCCCGUCGACAUUGGAUCUGCAGCGGUCUAUUACCUCAGGUUGAGCCAAAGGCUAGCUUUCGUGCCGAAUCUAUCGGUCGCCGUGGAGUCCAGCACAGAGACCGCAUCCAAGCUGCAGCUGGCCUAUGCGUCUGCCGAAGCAUCCGGCCUGACACUCUCUGCGAUUCCGCGACUACAGCAGGUCUAUGCCCGGGCCAAAAGUGGUCUGAACAAGAUCUCGCUGCAGCAAGACCUUUUCGGUCAUUCGCCGAACUGGGACCCCAGGCUAUCCGUCGAUUUCUAUACAGAUGGCCUCGACCAGUUACUGGCCAACCUCAAAGACAUCGAGGCGUCAGUCCAAGGGUACUACAAAGCGAUAGUUCUCGGUAACGAGGCCGACAGCAAGCAGAAUUUCCAAACCGCCUCAGCGGCAUUCAAUAACAAUACGGAUCAAAUAGCUUUUUUGACUGGUGACAACGGCAUCCUCAAGACUUCGGCAACAAAAAUUACAGCUUUGACCCCUAAAUUGACCCGGGCACGCGACGAUAUCAAAGCCAAAGUACAGGCGGUGGAGUCAGAUAUCAGGAAGAACAUCAAUCUGAACCCCACGGAUCUCUUGGAUGCCCUGGCCACGGUUGCCAUGGCUCCGUCGGAAGGAUUUGCAGCAGCCGAGGGGGCCAGUGUCGCCUACAAGGCGUGGACGACGGUGGACGACGCGCAAGGCGAUUCGGUCAACAAAGACUUCAUCAUCAGUCAGCUGGGCAGUUGCGAGGGGACCCUGGAGUCGCUAAGCGAGGCGUAUUCCGUGCGAGAUGAUGGCCACGUGAGCGUCGACGAUCCCGGAGCCAUGAAAAUCAUUGCGGCGGCCAAUUCUCUCGAAAAUAUCGUGGCCCGUUACAAAAGUGCCAUCACAGGAGCGGACGCCGACGCCUUGAAGGCGAGUCUGGACACGUACAUCUCGGUCAUCCAACAGAGAAACGACGCCGUGCUCACCUACAACGCGGGCCUGCAGAUGCUUCACGAGGCGCACGUGAAUGCGGCAUACAAUCAAAAACAGAUGGAGACCUUGGGCACCGCCAUCGCCACGGCUGAUCCGAAGCUCCCCGCCGUGUACCAGUGGUUGGACCAAACCCAGAACCAAACGCGGCUCGACAUCAUGCAACAACUGAAUUACGCCGCCCGGGCAUUGAGGUUCUGGGGAUUAUAUCCGACCUUCACCUUUGCAGAGCCGGGCCCGCUCCUGGGAUAUCAAGACCUGCAGAAUAACUACGAUACCCUGAAGUCCACUUUCAAGGAAUAUAUCGCGAAAUACUCCCUGACGCCCCCGCACGUGUGGCCUGGCGACGGGGAGCCCGGCAUCGUGAUCGAACUUGACCGGUCCCAGAUCCCAUCGUUCCUGACGCCGACAUCCGAUGGCGGGAAGUUCGAAUUGUUCUGGAUCAUCAACGCCAGCGACCCCUAUUUCCCCGGCAUGUACAACAUCCGUCUCAGUCAAGUGCGGGUCUGGAUCAUCGGACCCUCCCUGACGCCGGACCCGCUGGGCCGCCAGCUCCUGACGGUGGAGAUCCAGCACAUCGGCAACGAGCAGAUCGUCUCCCCGGAGCGCGAGAUUUACACGUUCGUGCACGACGCCGUCUCCUUUCAGUUCAAGUACGACGUGAGCAGAGUCAAGACCAAGGCCGACUGCACCGACCAGGUCAUUUUCGACAAGGAAGUCAUUGAAGCAGGAGACUUCACCAGCAAGACGCCAGACACAGACCUGACCACGGCCCUGGCACCUCUCGGGCCUUUCACCAUGUGGCGCAUCAUCGUCGACCCGGCCGAAAACCCGGGCCUGGUCAUGAAUACGGGGAAUGUUUCCACCGUGAUGAUGGAGUUUCAGGGCUCGAAUAUGGCCCCUUCCUCUUCAUUCGACGCCGAGGAGAGUUGA